ACGGGCUUAUACGCGCGUCACAUUUCCCUACAUUAGAUUUUUAUAUGUUUCCCUACGUUUGGUCCAUACGAGCUUAAACGCUUGUAUAAAACGUUGGUCUGAAACCGCCCUAAAGUUGAAACAACACUCACUGCCAGCGCAAGGUACCGGCUAAGAGUGAUAGCCGAUAACAAGGGAAAACCGUAUGUAGCGAAAACCACCUACGUAUAGAGACCCCGUCUAACGGGUCGCAGGAAAGUGUUAAAGCGCCUGCAAGAAAAGUAAUAGAAACUCCUCACAGCGACGCUUUGCCUCCCUAAUCUUGGAUUCGCACCGUACGGCCUAAAGUUACUACCUCCUAGCUCCUACUACCGGUCAGCUAUAUUUUGGUCAUGCUCUUUCAAGGCUGCUAGUGAUUUCCGUGUUUUCGAGGGAGUCGCUACGCGCUUCUCUGUGUCAACGUACGCUUACACCGCGCGCUGCCAACAUGAGAUUAACGAAAACGUUGUUUAAUCAAGCAUGCUCGACGGCACGCCUGGUCCUAUACAAGCUCGACGCAAGUCCACCCUCCAACGCGGUGCGUAUGGUCGGUGCCAUACUGGGCCUGCAAUUCGACUACGUCGAGCCCGACUUGUUAAAACAAGAGCACAAAUCUCCCGAGUUUAAGAAGAUGAACCCAAUGUGCACUAUACCGGUGUUGAAAGAUGGAAACCUCACUGUUUCAGAAAGCCACGCAAUAAUCAUGUACCUCCUGAACAAGUAUGGAGGCGAACAUAAGGAGACGCUCUACCCUUCUGACCCGGCCACGCGCGCCAUAGUCGACCAAUGCCUUUUCUUCGACGUCGGCGUGCUGUUUCCACGGAUGCGAGCAGUUACUCAACCAACAUUCACGGCCAAGCUAGACGGUCCUACCAAGAAGAACAUAUCAGACAUAGAGGAGGGUUACUCAAUAGUCGAGGCAUACUUGGGUCACAGGGCAUACGUGGCCGCGGACCAUCUGACCAUCGCGGACAUCUCGCUCGGGUCUACUUUCUCUGCGUUGCUGUGGAUCCAUCCUUUGGACCCUAAUAUGUUCCCAAAGAGUGCGGCGUGGUUGAGCGUCUGUCGACAGAAAGCUACUUUAAGGAGAUCAACGCGCCUGGCGUCGCUUUUCUGGCCAGGUCGCUCAGACACUUCUGGAGGAAGAAUAAAAAAUAAUGAUACAACUGUUUAUUGUUUUUUUUGUUUACAUUUGUGCAUAUACUACGCAGACCCGCGCGCUGCCAACAUGAGAUUAACGAAAACUUUGUUUAAUCAUGUAUGCUCAACAGCGCGCCUAAUCCUAUACAAGCGCGAUGCGAGCCCACCGUCCAAUGCCGUCCGCAUGGUCGGCGCCAUAUUGGGCCUUCAGUUCGACUACGUGGAGCCCGACUUGAUCAAAGGCGAGCACAAGUCGCCCGAGUUCAAGAAGUUAAACCCAAUGUCCACUAUACCGGUGCUGAAAGAUGGAAACCUCACUGUCGCAGAAAGCCACGCAAUAAUCCUGUAUCUCCUAAAUAAAUAUGGCGCUCAACAUAAGGAAAGACUGUAUCCUUCUGACCCGGCCACGCGCGCCAUAGUCGACCAGUGCCUUUACUUCGACGCGGGAGUUCUGUUCCGACAAAUUCUAGAAGUUUCAAGGCCAUCAUUCGCUGGCAAAUCAAAAGGACCGACCAAGAAGAACAUAUCCGACAUAGAGGAGGGUUACGCUAUCAUCGAAGCAUAUUUAGAGAGCGGGACGUACGUAGCCGCGGACCAUCUGACUGUGGCGGACAUCUCGCUCGGUUCUACAACAGCUGCGUUGCAGGGGAUCCAUGCUUUGGACGCUAAUAAGUUCCCGAAGACAAAAGCGUGGUUGGAGCGUCUCUCGGCAGAGAGCUAUUUCAAGGAGAUAAAUACACCGGGCGCAACCUUGUUGGCCAAGAUGCUCAGGCACUUUUGGAAGCAGAGUAAUAAAGAAUGAUUAACUGCU